GGGAGGUCUGGGAGGGCAACGUCUGCCACAUCACCACGCAGCCAGGUGUGUGCAAUGCCGGGGUCGUAGAGGGAGUCGUAGCGCCAGAGAGAGGAGGCGCGGCCGAGACGGAGGCGAAAACCGUCUUUUGAACGAGCUAGCGAGGCAGUGGGAGCUGCGAAUGGUUAGUAGAGGGAGCGGGAAACAAGCGCCUACGUACUGCGGGCCGAGCGCGACUCGGCGCGCCUUUUCCGCGGCUUCGUGUCCGGUCUAUUGUUCGCUCUUGACCGCUUCGCCAUUGUCGACGGCCGCGUCGAAGCGUACGCGCGCUGUCCGACGCGGCAAGGAUGGUGAGAGAAGUUUCGGGGCCUCCAAAGAUCGGAACGUCGUAGCCCCGGACCCGAGCCGAGCACGUGCAGCACAUCCGGCGGACACUGUAAGUGAGCACACGGCGGGCCUGCAGCCCUAUCUUCGUGGUGGCACUUUCCCGGAUAUGUUUCUAUGCCAGUUGAAGUUGACUAUAUGGCUGGGGUUCUGCAUCUCCGCAAGACAGUUCUCCAGGGCUCACUUCGUAGGACAAGGCUGCGCUAUCCCCAAUUAGUACUAGAACCUCGUGACUGGGCGGCCGGAGAG